AUGGACCCGCGACUGCAGCCCAACUCAGCUCCGCCCCGCCGGUUGCCAGAGUCACUGCCCGAGCCGGGACUAUCUGGCAUACUGGAUUCCAAUGUACCGGAGGGCUGGCUACAUGAGAAUUCACAGGCAGACUGGAAUGCCCUUCAUGAUUUUUACUUUUGCUCCUCCGACCCGACAAAUCUAGAAUGGUCUCAGUUCACGGGACUCGACUCGCAUCAAUCUUCAGUGACGUCCGAGCGAAACUAUUCAGUACUGCAACCUGCAGAUGUUCCCAGUCAGCACUUUCAAGAACAUCGGGAUCUAACGGAAUUGACUGACAUCUCUGCGCCCUUGCCGGACCUCGCAAAUGUUCCCCAGUGGCUUGAUGGAGCCCAUCGACCACCAGUACCGUGUAACUAUUGCCGCAGGCAUCGGUUACAAUGUCUGAUCAUUCGCACGACAGCCGCCAACCCCAAUCCUGUAACCGCGUGUUCAAGUUGCGUGGCACUGUUCCGGGAGUGCAGUUUAGCCAGAGGAGAAAAGCGUCACCCAUCUGGCUUCGAGACAUUUUCGCCUGUGCUAGGCCACCUCCAUGGCCUACCCGAAGACACAGAGGAUGGCGGAAUGCAUUUCAGCUUUGAAGGACUCGAAGACCGCAAGGAAUCGAAACAGUUUGUGAGAAAGGGUGCCAGGGUUCUGCGAGAGUGGUUCUACCGGAACCAGGAAUACCCAUAUCCGACUGAAGCCCAAAAGGAAGAACUAUCGAAAGAAACCGGGUUCUCUCAAAAGCGUGUCUCGACUUGGUUUGCCAACGCUCGCCGACGGCAGAAGCAAAAGAUCCAGUCAUCGAAUCAGACAUCGACCUCGCGCUCGCGUGCGGGCUCACCAUUGAUAACAAGUACUCUGAGCUCGGUGAUGUCACCUAUGGAACGGUGGAAAGCAUCACCACCAGAGGAUGAGCCUGUCCCAGAAUCCGCUAUUCAAGAUGCCAUUGCGUUGGACGUUGAAGACCCCAGUCCGGCGAUGGACCCGUUCCACUUUGAUGGGAAUGCCAUGGAUCUUUUCAAUUUCGAUGAAACAUCAUCGCACCUCGCAUCUUCUGCUUCCAGCUUUGGCAGUCGGGCGUCCGAGACAUCGGAGAGCGUUUCAUCGACAUGGAGUUACCAGUCGGGAGGUGAAGGGAAUAUGCCCUUCCCCCUCCUCCCAAAAACCCCAAGUGCUCGUCGACAGCGACGAAAACGACCAUCCAGGGACGAGGGUCAAUACGAAUGCACAUUUUGCACUUCAUGUUUCUCGAAAAGACAUGACUGGGCGCGACACGAAAAGAGCGUCCACCUACAACUCGACUCGUGGAUCUGCACUCCCAACCUCGCUGCGCUGCAACAACAAUUCUGUGCCUCGAUCGCAGAAUGUCCCUUCUGCGACGCUAGCUACCCAACACCAGCGCAUUGGGAGGAACACGAGUUCCAUAUAUGCGCUGAGAAACCCACAGCCGAAAGGUCAUUCAGCCGGAAAGAUUACUUGUUGCAACAUCUUCGCAAGUUCCAUGCCUGUGCCAAAUCGCCUGCACUCGACCUGGAUGCUUGGAGAGGCUCUGGCGGUAACGUGCAAAGUCGUUGCGGCUUUUGUGAUUGUUCGCUACCUACUUGGGCUACGAGGGCAGAGCAUAUUGCGGCGCAUUUCAAGAAGGGGGCGCGCAUGGCGCAGUGGAAUGGCGAUUGGGGGUUGGAUGUAUCGGCUAUGAGUAUUCUGCGAAGUGCGGUUUUGCCAUCACAGCGACCUCAGUCUACUUGA